AUGGCUUCAUCCGCGACCUCUUACCUCACGCAUCUCGUUGACGGUCUGAAGGGGCAGUACGGGACGGUGGGACUCUACGCGGCCGUGCAGAGGCUAUUUGUUGGAUUUGGAUUCGUGGGCGGACCCGGCAGCUGCGUUAUCGAUGCGCCGUUCGGCAAAUUCGGCACCUGGAAGCGACUCGCCGUCCAUGGAGACAUCGGAUGGAUGCUCAUGGAGAUCGUCUCGCCCAUCACCUUCCUCUACGGCCUUUCACUCCCGCUCAAUUCCAGCUCGUCCUCCUUCCUCUCCUUCUCCCCCAAUCGCAUCGUCUCCGCCUUCCGCGCUCUUCCCCUUGCGCGACAAGUCCUCGCGGGAUGCUACCUUGUUCACUACGCCAACCGCUCCGUCAUCUCUUCGAUUCGCAAUCCCGGCCGUGCACGAAUGAACAUCAUCAUCCCGCUCCUCUCCGCCCUCUUCAACCUUGCCAACGGCGGCACCAUCGGCGUCUGGCUCGCAGGCGGAAUUCCGCAGACAGGCAAGGCGGUCGCAAACUCGGGACUGCGCGAUGCGGGAUGGGCGAAGCCGGUCUUCCUCCUCGGCGCGGCGAUGUGGGCGGCAGGCCUGUGCUCCAACAUCUACCACGACGAGGUUCUCUACAAUAUCAAGCGCAAGAAGCAGGCGAAGGAGAAGAAGGGCAAGGGCAAGGAGUCGGCUUCGCCCAAGGACCGGUACUCGAUUCCGCAAGGCGGCCUGUACCGCUUCGUCUCGCACCCGUCGUACUCGUCGGAGUGGUUCGAAUGGCUCGGCUUCCUCUUCGCCACCUUCGCACUUGCACCAGCGCCUUUCCCGCCAACGCCAGUCUCCUCCCUCAUCCCCUCCCUCUCGCUUAAGGCGCUUCCCGGCCCGCUCAAGCCGCUCAAGGGAUGGUACCUACAGCCGCCGGCGCUCUUCCUGUGGCAAGAGAUAGGCGCAAUGCUGCCGCGCGCGAGGAGCGGGCAUGCGUGGUACCGCAAGACGUUCGGGAAGGAGUGGGAGGAGAAGGGCGCAAAGUGGAUUGUCUUCCCAGGCGUGUACUGA